AUGAAGCGUCUUGCUCUGCACGAGAUUGAACAUAGUCAUGGCACUGUCCAACUGAUAUCAGGGGCCACAGCCUUGCAGCACAAGAAGGGGACAUCGAUUGUGCUCGUCCCUCAACCGAGCCAGAAUGACCCCAAUGAUCCGUUGAAUUGGCCAUUUACGAAACGUGUCACAGCCUUUUGGUCGGUGCUGUGGUUGUCCGGCCUGUGCAACUUCUGCAUCACAGGACUGGCUCCAGGAUUUGGGCAAAUCAUCGCCGAAUUCAACGUCACGCUGACACAGGUGACAUGGUUGAUCUCAGCUUGCCUCCUUGGAGAGUUCAUGGGGUGCUACACGGUGGCUCCUUUCUCGACUCGCUAUGGGAAACGCCCCAUUUGGCUGCUUACCAGUGUGGUCUUCUUCGUGUGCAAUAUAUGGGCAUCCGUGGCAAAGUCAUAUCCUUCGCUGCUGCUGGCGAGAUUCUUUGCGUCAUGGGCAGCUGGCACCAGCGAGCCGUUGAGCGUGGACACUCUCCAUGAUCUCUUCUAUCUGCACGAGAGAGGUACACAGGCUGGAGUUCAGACCAUCUGGCUCAGCUGGGGCAGCUCUUUGGCGCCCGUCAUCUGCGGAUACCUCAUCCAAGCCAAAGGCUGGCGCUGCUUCCAUUGGCUCACCAGCAUCAUGGCCGGGGUUGACCUGAUCUUGAUCUUCCUCUUUGUCCCCGAAACACAAUACCAUCGAGAUCUCCACAAGGCACUUGACUCGGUCGGGAUAGAAGGGAACGAAGAGAUGGAGCUAGACGCUCAGAAAGCAUCUCCUUCCGGUCUGAUGACCAUGACCAAGAGUGAAGACGAGACGACGACUGAGAUGGUCGAGACGCAGAACCCGACACCAGAGAAGAGGACCUUUCUCCAAGAGCUGAAGCCCUGGUCUCCGGUGCAGAAGGACGUCAAUGUGGUGGCCUCCUUCUUGCGGCCCUGGGCUACGUGGUGUUAUCCCAGUGUUGUAUGGGGUGUCUUUUCAUUCUCUAUCCACGUUACGUGUGUCGUGGUCUUGAUAACCAUGAUCCCCGUCUAUUUCGGAGCUCCACCGUACAACUUCUCCAUCGGCCAGCAGGGUCUCGUCUAUCUGAGCUCGUGUAUCGGGAACGCCUUUGGCUCCAUCUUCUGUGGCUUCUUGAACGACAAGCUGAGCCAGUGGUCCACGAGACGCAACCACGGCGUCUUUGAGCCCGAGAUGCGUCUACCCGUGACCGUUUUUCCUGCAUUUCUCGUGCCCGCCGGGCUCUUGAUGUUCGGAGUCGGCAUCCAGCACGGCACGCACUGGAUCGUCCCCGUCAUCGGCGUCGGUCUCGUGGGCGUGGCAUUGACAGGGAUAGGGUCCGUCAUCCAACCGUACCUGAUGGACAGCUACACGCCCGUUCUGUUCGACUGCCUCGUGACGUUCAACGGAUUCAAGAACUUAGUCUCAUUCGCCGUGGGCUUUGCAGUUGUUCCCUGGCUCCAAGCGAACGGAUUAGUCGCCGUCUUCUGUAUCCUUGCUGCAUUGGUCUUUGUCAUAGAUGCCUCCGUCGUGGUCAUCUACAUGUAUGGGAAGAGGUUGCGCCAGAGAGAUUCUCGACUCAAGGUGUUCCACUUCUAG